AUGCUUACCGAUGAACUUGCUCGAGCUCAAGUCCGCUCUCGUUCUCAACUCACGUCAUCAUAUCAUACAUCAUCUACCACUCAAUCCGAUAAUUUGUACUCUAUUUACGCCAUGGCAGAUUCUCAAUACAGUAAACUCAUCGAUAGUAUUCCAACUUUCUCCGGAAACCCACACGAAAAUAUAAAUCAAUGGUUGGGUAUCGUAUCUCUAAAAUUUUACAUUAUUGGAUAUGAUUCUCGUCAAAAAUGUCGAUUUAUACCACAAUAUCUAACUGGGAGUGCUUUACAGUGGUAUCUCGCACAUUGUAGUGAGCUUUCCUCUUGGGAUAAGGAGCUUGCUGCAAUUACCUCUGCUUUUCCAGAUCUGAUUACUACUUCUCGUGAUAUGAAUCUGAAACUAUUGCGAGAUCGAAAACAAGCUGACACGGAACCGUUUAUUGAUUAUUACACUUCUAUUAUUGACCUUUGUCGUAAACAUGCUCAUAAUAUGCCUGAUAUUCAAAUUGAUCGAUUGGCUAAAAGCUGGGAUGAAAAUUACAUUGUAUGA